AAUUUGAGCCAAAGAAAAAAAAAAUUCAUCUUAAUUUGCAGGAAUUUAUGAUUGGAGCAAUAGAUAACCCAUCAAAUGCCAUAGAAUGGACACUGGCAGAGAUGUUGAAUCAACCUGAGAUUAUGGCGAAAGCAGUGGAAGAAUUGGACAAGGUAGUUGGGAAAGACAGAUUGGUCCAAGAACAUGAUAUUCCAAAGCUAAAUUUCAUUAAGGCGUGUGCAAGAGAAGCCUUCCGGCUCCAUCCUCUCUCGCCAUUCAAUAUCCCCCAUUUAUCUGUUUCCGAUACAACAGUUGCUGGCUACUUUAUUCCAAAGGGCAGCAGAGUUUUGCUCAGUCGUAUCGCGCUAGGUCGAAACCCUAAAUCUUGGGACGAGCCGCUAAAAUAUAAGCCUGAGCGUCAUCUCAACAGUGAUGGGUCCGAGGUGGUUCUCACGGAACCGGAGUUGAGAUUCAUAUCAUUUAGUGCAGGGAGGCGUGGAUGUCCCGGGGUGGCACUAGGGACUUCAAUGACCGUGAUGCUAUUUGCUAGGCUUCUGCAUGGAUUUAGCUGGAGCUUGCCACCAGAUCAAGACAAAGUUGAUCUUAACAUCGCCGGCGACCAACUCUUCCUUGCCAAACCGCUGGUUGCUCUUGCAAAACCGCGUCUGCCAGAAAAGUUGUAUUCUGUCAAAUAGAUGAAAUGAUUUCGUGAAUAAAUUUUGGAGGUCAGCAGCAGAGCUUCCGAAAGUUUAAAACUAAUUAAGUUGUUGCAACUUUGCUUGUUUUUGCCACUGGACCAUACCGGUGAUUGGUAAGGAAACAAUAUUUCGUUAAUUAAUUUUCCAAUACUAG